CAAGCCAUUAACACCCAUGGACUCGAACUUUCUUCUCCAGGAGGAAUCUUCCUCUGCAAUGCAGUCCUCUCCGGAUUUCUCCAGCUCCUCCCCUCUGCUCUUCCCGCUCUCCUCCCCAAACAGAUCCAGCCCAAUCCCCUCCUCGCCAUUCGGGUGCCAUUCUGAUGAAACUCACCACCACCACCACCACCGCCACGCCACCGGGAGCGCCGGCGCCCGCGGAGCUGUCGAGCCCUAUGUCCGGCGCCAUCAAGCGCCAGCGGAAGGCGGCGGCGGCGCCGCCGCUGAGCGACGUGACCAACCUCCUCCUCCUCCCCGACAUCCCGGCCCCAACCAAACCUAGGGGAACUGGACGCCGGCCCCUUCCACCGCCCUCCGACGCCUCCUCCACCUGCUCCUCCACCGCCUCGGUCACGCCCGCACCCAAGCCUUCCUCCGCAGCCGUCCUCGAGGAGGGGUGCAGUGCGUUCAAAUCGCCGGCCAUCUCCACGGUUUACGCGAGGCGCGGGGCUACUAAGGCUGAAGGGAGGAGGAGGAACGGCACCACCAACAAUGGCAAGGAACCCGCUGCUGCUGCUGGGACGGCGAGCUGCCCCCCUCUCGGAAAAUCUACAAGAAACAGCAACAGGAAAACCUCUGUGGCUCAGGAUACUCGUCCCAUUUCUUCUUCAGCUCCUUGUCAUGAAGCUAAAAAGAAGCGGCCCUCUUCAAGCACACCCAAGCUACAAGAGGAUUUUGUCAAGAAGCAGAGAGCAUACUUUGCAGAUAUCGACGCCUUCGAACUGCCAGAGGAAUAUGUCUCAGAAACUGACCUGGAGUGAAAGAUGAAGUUGAUCCGUCGGGUCCCUGAAAAUAUAUGGCCUUUUCUGUACAGAAGUAUACUCGAAUUACUUUUACAAUGCAACUGAGAGUUAUGGUAGCAACGUAUAGCUCUUGUAACACGAGGCGGUUUACCUAGUGACCACUAGUAAAUGCCCCACUAAUGUUCCUUUUGCCCAAGCCUGUAGUAGUGUGGCAUAGUAGUAUGGCAGAUACGGAGAUGUGAAAACGAGGGGACCUUUGACAGUUUGAAAAUUGAGCUAUAACGCGGUGCUAAUGACUCCGAGAUCUUUUGCUUGUAUGAAAGUAGCCACUCUGGAUUAUAUUAUUUCGUCUCGAUCUCUCUUUGAAGUUUCUUCUUGCGCAGCUAGUUUUUGCUUGGGUGUCGUACACGACGCCGUUACAAUUGUGUGUUUUUCUUUGAGUUUCUUCUUGUGCUACUAGUUUUGGCUUGGGUGGGUAUCAUAUAGGAGUGAGGUAUAUCUAGGCCCUGAUAGCAUAGGAAUUGGCAGUGUUCAUCAAAGAGCGAACACAAAUAAUCGUAUGUCUACCUAAAAAAUGCACACGGGACAACCAGCUACUACAGAUAUGUAAACAUUUGUAAACAAUGUUACACAUCCAACAAUCCAGAUUUGAUUCAGGUCUUGUUAUUGCAUCCAAAGGUUAA